AUGGGAGGACAGCGCAGGGGAGAAUUCACUGUGCCUAACAAUAGCGAUGGCGUUAGCGUGAGCCAUGACCACAAAGAACGGACUAACGGCGUCGGUAACAGCAAUGCAAUUGAUGGUAUCAGUGACGUCAGCGCGACCAGUGUCACCAGUGGCACCGAUGGCAAGGGUGACAGUGAGGGGAGGGUUCCAGAAGCGGUGAGGUCGGACCCGCUGCAGUGGCUGCCGCGGUAUGUGAAGGUGGUGGAGGUGGGGCCGCGGGACGGGCUGCAGAACGAGAAGCAGCAGGUGGCGGUGGGCGUGAAGGUGGAGCUCAUUCACCGCCUCAUGGCCGCUGGGCUGCCUGUUGUGGAGGCUACCAGCUUUGUCUCCCCGAAAUGGAUUCCCCAGCUCUCAGAUGCACCAGAGGUGAUGCAAAGAGUGCAAAGCAACGGCCGCACCAAGCUGCCUGUGCUCACCCCCAACCUGAGAGGCCUUGAGAACGCCAUGGCAGCCGGGGCCAAGGAGGUGGCCGUGUUUGCUGCUGCUUCCGAGGCGUUUUCCAAGAAGAAUAUUAAUUGCUCAGUGGAGGAGAGUCUGGAGCGGUACAGAGCGGUUUGUGAUGCUGCAAGGGACAGAGGCAUUCCUGUGCGAGGGUACGUGUCCUGUGCGGUGGGUUGCCCCUACGAAGGCCACAUAGAGCCAGCAGCAGUGGCGAGGGUGGCAAAAGCUCUCCACGACAUGGGAUGCUAUGAGGUGUCUCUGGGGGACACCAUCGGCGUCGGCACUCCGGGCUCAGUGGCGCCCAUGCUGGACGCCGUGUGUGCAUGCGUGCCGCCCGCCUCCCUCGCUGUGCAUUUCCACGACACCUACGGGAAGGCCCUCGCCAACAUCCUCGUUGCUCUGCAGGUGAGGUGGCUAGCGCCUGUGAAUGCUCGUGCUGGUGCCCUCGUGUUUGUUGCCCUCGUGUUUGGUGCCCUCGUGUUUGUUGCCCUCGUGUUUGUUGCCCUUCUCCCUCCCCACUCCCACUCCCACCACACACAGAUGGGAGUAUCAGUCGAGGACUCAUCAGUAGCUGCCUGGGGCUGUUUUGCCUACGCCAAGGGGGCAUCAGGCAACGUGGCAACAGAGGGCGUGGUGUAUCUGCUGCAUGGGGGGUUGCUGUUGCUGGGGGUCAUGAGCGCGUGUGUUUGCUUCCUCACUGGGGCUACCAGCUCAUGUGCUUGCCUGCUGCCACCCUCCCCUCCCCUCCCCUCCCCUCCCCUCCCCUCCCCUCCCCUCCCCUCCCCUCCCACCCACCCACCACACACAGAUGGGCGUGUCAUGGUGGAUUCCUCUAUAGCUGGUCUUGGCGGGUGCCCCUACGCCAAGGGGGCAUCAGGCAACGUGGUGACAGAGGACGUGGUGUAUCUGCUGCAUGGGCUGGGCAUUCACACGGGCAUAGACUUUGACAAGCUGCUCGAGGCAUCGGCGUUCAUCAGCCAGGCGUUGGGGAGAGAGCCCUGCUCUCGCACUGCUGUGGCCCUCGCCCGCACCAGGCAAACACUGGCAGAGUCACCUAAACUGUGA